GCCUGCUCUCCGCUUGCCACUGCUGACGCGACGCAUCCCUUGGCCGGUGUCGAGUGCACGGCGCACGGGGCUAUCAGUUCCAGGACUCCGCUCUGCGGCGGCGGCUGCGUGCGACCCCUCCCCCUCCCCCUGCCACAGCCACAGCCCGCCAGACCGACGUCUCCAACGGAACAGCCGAGCCCUGCCAGUCGGCCAAGAGCUCGUGAGUGCGUGACACCUCCACGGAAGGUCUCCCGCACAAGGUGAAGAUCUCGGUGAAAAUGGACCCUCUGUCGCUUCUACCUAUGGAAGUGUGGCGUUUGAUUUUCAAGAUGCUGCCCCUCGACGACCGAGUCACAGCCGGCCAAGUCAGUCGCAGCUGGAGGCAGUUCUUCAGGAAUCCAAUGAUGUGGGUCGGCGUCGUCUUGGAAGUGGGUGAGGAUCCGAAGCACAUCAAGCCCAGCUUCGCCCAUGACGACGAUAGCGAAGAGAGCAGCGAGUGGGAGGAUGUCGAGGAUGAGGACAGUUCAGGCGGUAGUGACAAUGACCCAAGUGAAAGUAUGGAGGAAAGUGAUGCUGACAGUAGUGAGGAUGAUUGCGCAGAUGACAAAAGUGGGGAUGAUAAAAGUAAAGCUGCCAUUAGUGGGAAUGAUAAAAGUGAAGUUGUUAAUAGUGGGGAUGAGGAAAGUGAAGCUGCCAAUAGAGAGAAUGAUAAAAGUGAAGCUAAUAGUGGGGAUGAGGAAAGUGAAGCUGACAAUAGUGGGAAUGAUAAAAGUGAAGCUGUUAAUAGUGGGGAUGAGGAAAGUGAAGCUGACAAUAGUGGGGAUGAUCAAAGUAAAGGCAAAGAUGAACAAAGUAAAGCUGACAAUUGUGGGGGCGACAGUGAAGGCAAUAGUAUUGAUGAUGAAAGCGAAGCUGUCAAUUUGGAAGAUGGCCAUCAAGGAUGCGACGAUGUUGAGGGAAGCCAUGAAGAUUGCGAUGGUACUGACAGGAACGCGAGUGGCGGUGACGACAAGCAUGGCACUAGCGGCAUUUCUGAAGAUGAACACGUUGGCAGCGUCACCGGCUAUAGUAAAUCACAGUGUAGUGACGACGCGAAGGACGCUGAAGCCGGCAAACAAGAUCCCGGAGUGCAAGAGAACAUCAGUCGAGACUUGGCUAACGGAGGAAAGAGUUCCGAGGCAAAGGCAAAUGGUCCAAGUGACGAGAGCAACGUAACCGGGAAAGGACUCGCUGGCAACGAAACUGCGGAGAAACCUGCGUGUCUGCCAGGGCGCGCAGUGGACCGCACCUCUUGCAGGGUAUUGCGGGCAGCACCUUGCCUGAGGGCGAUCGUGGUCCGAGGCUGGCGCGUCAGCGCGCCGAUCAUGAAGGCACUCAUGGAGACUACAGCUAAGGUCACCUGUCUCAACUUCACGACCUUCAUCGCCGCGCCGAAGGACGCUGAGAAGAUCGUGAGCAAGUUGGGGCUGCACUUGGAAGAGCUGCACUUUCGAGAAGCCUCCCGCCAGCUCUUGGAACUGCUGUCCGUCCUCAGAGUGCCGCGGCUGCGGAACUUCGCCGCGGACUCUGUGGCCGAGUGUCCCCUGGGCUCCGACCUUUACUUUGCCUAUGUUCACAGUGUGUCCUGGAUCAAGCACCCGUUACCUGCACCGACGCCUGCUCCACUGGUGGCUUUCAUCAAGGCCCACUCUUCAACACUCCGUUAUUUGACCAUCGGUAACAUGUGGUCCUGGGUGACCCACACCAUGCAGGUUAUGGAGGCGGUCUCCUCGUGCCGUGGAUUGACUCACCUCGGCGUUCUCUGCUCGGAGUUCCUGCGAAUAGGUCCCGCUUCUCUCCCGGCGCUGACACAUUUGUCCAUCAAAUUGAUGAUCCACAACGACGACAAGGUGGACCACCGUCUCUGCCUCGAGCCCCUGCCGCCUUCUCUGGAGGAGUUGGACUUGUCACUUAUUUUGGUCGAUUUGUCCGAAGUGCUCGACGUCCUGGUGCGUCAGGCACCCAGUCUGCCUAACCUUCGCAAGCUCCACGUUCAGUUCAUAGUCCAGGUACCCGACACGGUGAAACAACUGCAGCGACUUCGGGCAGCGUUCCCGGGCGUCACCGUCAGCAGCGAGGCCCGCAUAGACUGCCUGGCCAGGAAGGAAAACCAAAAUGUCUUCCGUUGCACUGUCCCAGGUUCCUAUAUUCCGCCUGCUAUUGAUUGGUCAUAACAUGUAAGCGUCUUGAGAUUGCAGCCCAUUUAUAUGGCUAAAGGGCACGUAAUUUUGGUGAUCUGAUUUUUAAUUUGAUAGACAUUGUGAAAAUUUCCAAUCAAUUCCUUUUUUAUGCUAUCGGUUUCAGAGAUAAUAAAGACUUAAGAAAAUUACCUUUCAA